CCACGAUUACUAUCCUCCCCAGUUUCUUCUCUUCCACUACUGUAACAACAAUGCCCCUCCCAUUCUUCUCCCGUUUCUUCCUCCCCAUACUCUUCCUGCUCAUAAACUUAGCAGCAGCGUCCGGCCCAGCAAACAUAUUUUGCAAAUGCACCUGCGGCAAUAACUCAACCCUAAUCCCAAUCACCUCCCCGCCCAGCUGCUCGGAAUGUAAUCGCCAAUUCUGCCUGAAGCAGCACUUGCCUAUCUGUCGCGAUGUGGGGGAAGACGGUAUUUUUACCACCUGUUUUCAGAGGGAUUCCGCGAAGGAUCGGGCGGUGGUGUUUAUUUUCAUUGUGGCUACGGUGGGAUUGUUGGGGUAUGCUGGGCUGAAGGGGUGGGUUGGGGAAGCUAUUAAGAAGUGGAGAGAUAGGACAGCUAGGGAAAGGUAUGAGGCUUUGCCUGGUGCUUAGGGUUUAUCUACGGUUUUUAUUUGCGGUUUCUACGGUUGCUAUGGCAUGUGGUGUAUGAGUGGGUGGAUGGAUGUGGGCUGGUGGCCGGGUUGUAGGAUACUGUUUUAGUUUGGGGGUGCGCGGCCUAAGUUCGGAUAUUUAAGUGUUUGUGAAUUGGAGUAUUGGGAAGUAAUGACUGGAUGAAGAAUACUGAAUGGAGUU